UCUGUCUAUUGGGUUGGUAUUGCUAGUCUGUGUGUGUGUGCGCGUGAACACACACAAGGGUGUUGGAUGGGUCCUUCCAGUGUGAUUUGAUUCCUUCCCUCAUGCUCUGGUGUUAUCAGUUAAGCAGGUGAUAAGGACUCUAGUGUAUCAACUCUCAUGAUUACUGAGACACAACUGCUUACUGUGAAUGUGCCUGCUUAAGCAUUUCCGGGCCCCACCCAGCCACAGAUGCAAGGAUGCUGCCUGGCCCUGCAGACCGAGGCAAGAGAAGGAAAACGUCAACCUCAGGAUCCUAACCACCCCAGAGGAGAACUGCAGGGACAUGCUUCACGUCUGACAUCAUGACAUCACUGGAGCCCAGUCUGGAUCGUUUUUACACGAUUCCAGAAGCCGUGUGCGAGAGACGUGAGAAAGAGCCGGCACUGAGGUACUCAGCCUUGUGAGGUGGAGUGGAGAGGCUUGCCUAGGGUCUGCGAGCCAGCGGAGUUGGGAGAGCGUCUACGGCGAGGGCCGCUGCUUCCCAAGAGGCUCGAGCCGAGUUGCCAUCAUGCCUCAAACUCGAUCCCAGUCACAGGCUACAAUCAGUUUUCCAAAAAAGAAGCCAUCUCGGACAUUGGACAAAGCUAAAACUUCUGGUUACACCAAACUAGAACUGACCAAUGUCCAGGCCUCAGGCCGUUCUUGUGUAAAAAUUCUGCCUCUCAGCCCCAGAAAACGUCUUGGUGAUGAUAAUCUGUGCAACACUCCUCAUUUACCACCCUGUUCUCCACCAAAGCAAGGCAAGAAAGAGAACGGCCCCCCUCGCUCACACACACAUAAGGGGCGCAGGUUGGUGUUUGACAGUCAGCUGACAAUCAAGUCUCCUAGCAAAAGAGAACAAGCCAGAGUUCACCAAAACAAAGUACAUUCCCCAGUUCGAAAAAGUCAAGAGAUUACAACAAAUUCUGAGCAGAGAUGUCCACUGGAGAAAGAAUCUGCGUGUAUGAGACUGUUCAAGCAAGAAGGUACUUGCUACCAGCAAGCAAAGCUGGUCCUGAAUACGGCUGUCCCAGAUCGGCUGCCUGCCAGGGAAAAGGAGAUGAAUGUCAUCAGGAAUUUCCUGAGGGAGCACAUCUGUGGGAAAAAAGCUGGAAGUCUUUAUCUUUCUGGUCCUCCAGGAACUGGAAAAACUGCGUGCUUAAGCCGUAUUCUGCAAGACCUCAAGAAGGAACUGAAAGGCUUUAAAACGAUCGUGCUGAAUUGCAUGUCCUUGAGGAGUGCCCAGGCUGUAUUCCCAGCUAUUGCUCAGGAGAUUUGUCAGGAAGAAGUAUCCAGGCCAGCUGGGAAGGACAUGAUGAAGAAACUGGAAAACCGGAUGACUGCAGAGAAGGGCCCCAUGAUUGUGUUGGUGCUGGAUGAAGUGGAUCAGCUGGACAGCAAAGGGCAGGAUGUGCUGUACACGCUGUUCGAAUGGCCGUGGCUAAGCAAUUCUCGGCUGGUGCUGAUUGGUAUUGCUAAUACCCUGGAUCUCACAGACAGAAUUCUGCCAAGGCUUCAAGCUAGAGAAAAAUGUAAGCCACGGCUGUUGAACUUUCCACCUUAUACCAAAAAUCAGAUAGCCGCUAUCUUACAGGAUCGGCUUGAUCUGGUAUCUAGAGAUCAGGUUCUGGACAAUGCUGCCAUUCAGUUCUGUGCCCGAAAAGUCUCUGCUGUUUCAGGAGAUGUUCGAAAAGCACUAGAUGUUUGCAGGAGAGCUAUUGAAAUUGUAGAGUCAGAUGUCAAAAGCCAGACUAUCCUCAAACCACUGUCUGAAUGUAAAUCACCCUCUGAGUCACUGGUUCCCAAGCGGGUUGGUCUUAUUCACAUAUCCCAAGUCAUCUCAGAAGUUGAUGGUAACAGAAUGACUUUGAGCCAGGAAGGGGCACAAGAUUCCUUCCCUCUUCAGCAGAAGAUCUUGGUCUGCUCUUUGCUGCUCUUGACCAGGCAGCUGAAAAUCAAAGAGGUCACUCUGGGGAAGUUAUAUGAGGCUUAUAGUAACGUCUGUCGCAAACAGCAGGUGGCAGCUGUGGACCAGUCAGAGUGUUUGUCACUUACAGGGCUCUUGGAGGCCAGGGGCAUUUUAGGAUUAAAGAAAAACAAGGAAACCCGCCUCACUAAGGUGGCUUUGAAGAUUGAAGAGAAGGAAGUAGAGUAUGCUCUAAAAGACAAAGCUUUAAUUGGAAAUAUCUUAGCUACUGGAUUGCCUUAAGUUCUUUUCUUUUAUGCUAAUAAUGCUACCUAGCUGAAAGUAUCCAGCUGGCGUUUAGAGAGCUAUGGAGUCUUCAUUUUAGGGCUUUAUCCAUUCAGGUCUGAAAACAAUAUGACCUUUUUUUUUAACGUGAAACUGAUAUAUUUUAAUCUCUGGAUUCAUGAAUAUUAGCGCAGAAUAAUAAUUUGGGGUCUUAUUUUAUGCAUUAAAAAUAACCAAAUAGACCCUUUUAAAUUAUAUUCACUACCUCCACCCCUUGAGUGUCUCUAACCAGCGGGCUUGUAUUGCAGUACACAAGAUUUAUGUUGUGGGAUGUGCCUGUGUAUGUAUCUCGUAGUUUCUUCAGACAUUGGCGUAUUUUAAAGAACUUUGGGGCUAGAGUAAGAAGAGAGAAACAGGAUGUUGCAGGAAAAUAAGCAAGUCCACGUGGAGAUCUAGAGGACACUUUGAUCAAAGAAUUUCUUUCUUUUUGGAGGAUACCGUGUUCACGUUGCAAGUGCUUUCCACACUGUGACAUUUUAAAGACUCACUGAGCUUCGUGGGCACUCCCAAGGUUGUGGGGGUGCUAAUGGGACAGUAACUGUACGGAUUGUGAAUAUAUUUAUUUUCAAGCUGCAUCCUUUGUCUUUUUAAGCAUUCACAUUUCAAGAGAGCUCAGACUUUCAGAAGACCAUGUGAAAAUUUCACCCCAAACUGUCCCACAGUCUUCGCAGCCCUCAGAUGAAGCCACUUGUUUCCAGAUGCUUUCGUUUGGGGUUGGAUUUUCAUCUGAACCUCAUUUUUCCAGCCUUAUUAGAUAAAUUAAUCCAUAUGGCCACGCAAGUCUCCCCUUUGCUGCAUUUGGUUUCCCAUGGCCUUCAAUGGUAAUUUGUGACAGGGACACCAGAGGGCACCAGUAUAACACUGACUGCCUUAAAACUGCAGGCUUGGGGCCGGGGUAGUUUUGAGGGAAGGGGGAGAAAACUUCAGUUUGAUCCCUUUGGGAGAUCGCUAUACUUUUAUAACCCGCGCAGAUGCCUGGAAUGCGAGUGAAUGGUCUGCGAGCCAGUGACCAAGCCUGUGCUUCUCCCUGAGCUCGUUUGCCUCUCGGACGGUACUUGAGUUUGGGAACUUGAUAUUGUACAAAUAAUCUGAUGGCCACUGUUUCAUUCAUGCUGCCCACUGUAUCCUUGCAAUGUGAUCUGGGCCACAGCAGAUGGUAUGGGAUAGAAGGACACGCAGAGAGAGAGCCCUCUGAAAUGAGCACUACCCACCGGUGGGUGUGGCAGAGCGUAGUCUGUACAGGAGAGUCUGAAUGUCGAUCUCGCCUUCUCACCUUCACCAGGCCACUCCCUCCCUCUGAGGGUCAUCGGUGAGUGGAAAACACAGUUCGGUACCUAGAAGCCCGAGAGCGUCUGGGUCUACAAGGGUUAACAAGCAUAAUUGCGAAGAUUGUCCGAAGGCUGAUGGAAAGCAGAGACUGAAUGGGAUUGAGAACAGAUGCGAGGCUUGAUUUAAAUUACAUUUUAUUGGAUGCUGCAGCCUUAAGAGACGUGACUGCUUUACAGUUUGUUUCCACACUGUGGGCAGCUGCUGUCUGUUCUGUGUCCACAGUAGGAUCCUGCCCAAAAAGGAGCGGCCUCCCCACCUCGUUGUGUUUGAGGCUUGGCGCCUUUCUCUUAACUGUAGGGCUUGAGUCAGGAACAUGGCUUGACUCGCAGUGGGGCUGCUACGUAUCCUCCGUGGCUCUGAGCCAGGGUCGCAUCUGCAGAUUCUAAAGGGCCAAAUUUCUUUCCCCUCUACCUCUUUUCUCUCCCUUUCCCCUGGUAUUUGGAAACAGAGUUUUCUGUGUACUGGUUUGUUAGUUUCCUUUCCUUCAGUUCUCCCCCCACUGUCAAUUUCUAGGUCAUUGCUUGCUCUUAAGACUUCAGCAAUUGGAACAGGGUUGGUUCUGUCAGUGAUGCGUGAAGCAGACUUAGAGUCCCUGCUCGGCUUCCACUGCCCUUGUGGGAGCAAAAGCUGAUGUAUGUUUGUCAGUGAAGUCUUAAGUGUAAUUCAGACAGCCAGGGAGCAGACUGAGAGGAGGAAGAAAGUCCUUUUCUUUGCUGGCGUUUCUCACUGAAGCUGAGAGCUAUGGGAAGGUAGUGGGAUUUUUAGAGGGAGGGGCCGGACUUGUGGUUACUAGUUUUUGCCAGGAUCAUAGCCUGUUUCACAUAGAGUAGUGGCAAAGAUGCUGACCUACAUUCUUCCUCUUGAAGGUGGUGGGGUGUGUGUCUAUAUCCUGAUUUAUUUUUCUGCACAGAAGCAGAUUAAGCUUCCAUAGAGUGUUGAUGGGUAUUGCCAUGGAAAGAACAUAGACACAAUAAAAUUGGUGUGUUUCAACCCCA